AUGAAAGUUCGAUUUCCAAAUGAGAUUACUCAGCAGAGAUUAGUAUCUGUAGUUGAUAAAAAUAAUAAAGAUCCAUCAUACACUAAAUUUUUGGUAUCAAUAAUUGCUUCUGUUCGUGACCAAAACAUUUUAAACUAUGUUCUUCAAGUUAUCUUUGGUGGCGAACUAAAUAUCUACUCCCAAGAUGUUUUUAACUAUAUUUCCAAUUCGAUAUAUGAUAGAUCUUUCAAUGAACUUACUCUAGACGCUGUAAAGAACUUUCGCGCUUUAUAUAAGUUCAUUUCCUCCAAAGACACUCAAGAAUACAAAGCUAUGCAAGGAAAAUUACUUCUUAAUCUCGUCCAUUCGAUCGAUAAUGGCUAUUUUUCAGAGAUAAAUCUUCAAAAUUUAACUUUCGCCGUAAAUGAAUACAAAUAUCACCAAUAUCUACAAGGUCCUCAAUUCCUCUUACUCACAUCAGUUCUUAUUAUCAAAUUACUCCGAUUUUUCCAAGAUGUAAUUUUAAUUAUUAAUAAUUCUAAAUUCAGCAGAGAGCCGAAGUCCGAAACUCUCAAAAUUAAGCACAUUGCAGAAGAUUUGUUCACUAAAUUCUCAGGAUUUACUGUAGAUUUGUUCGCAAAUCACGCAAAUGAAAUUAUGAACUAUAUUCCUAAAGAAGUCACUCGUAUUCUUUACGACCCGAGGUCUUAUCAACGUAUGCGCUUCAAAUUAGAAGAAAUUUACAAAAUUGUCGAAAAAUUACAAUAUAAUGAAAAGAAAUGCCGAACCGAGUACCAGUUCAAUUACUACAUCAUCAGCUACAAACUCUACAAGCAUCUCUUCAUUUUAUUUACAGAUUAUACAAAAAAUAAAAAUGAUUCAACAAUUUUACAAGGAUUAGACGUAGAAUUCUAUCCAAAGUGCGAACUGUAUGACAUUGAUCUCAUUGCUUCAGACAUUGCUCGUAAUCUAUCCCAUAAUUGGACAUUUUCUCAAGAUCCCUUCCAAAUUGUUGCAUUUGAGCGUCUCAUACAUUUAAAGCUCGAUACGUUAUACAGGUCUUUCGACAAAUCAGAUAAAUCUCCUGUAGUUGUUGCAAAUAAUACAUAUGAAUCGUAUUUUAAUGCAAUUUUUACUGAUAUUCUCUACUGCGAGCCUGUUAUUGGCACAACCAUAAACGAUCUGCGCCAUUACUUCAUGCCACUGGGCUUCUUUUUCAUGAACGAACAAUUACAGGCAAAAUUUGCCGAUAUAAUUGGUCAGAGACUUCUUAACGGAGAUUUUCAGUCAUUCAAGCGUCGCUCGCUUGGAAUUCUUACACAGUUAUAUGAGAAGACCAUGGAUCCUCCCAACUCAUUCAGAAACAGAUUAAAAGCAAUUCCUCGAAACCAAAUUAACGAAAAAUUACUCAGAGAAUUGCUUUCCGCAAGCACAGUAUUAGAAACCAGACGCAUACCAGACAAUAUCAUCAAUUACAACAAGAAUGGUGGCACUCUCAAUUCGGCUGAAGGAUUUAUGGUGAUGCAAACAGCGAAUGAAGUCCUUCAGGCGGCCAUUGAGGAGAUAAAGCAAGAGAAAAAGGUAUCUCCUAACAAUGGAAACACCAUUGUUGCUGUAAUUAAUGGUAUUUGUGGUAGUACUGUUGAAUCAAUCAAAAUCUUAAUGGAUAAGAUACAGUUCGAAGCAUCGUUCUACUACGCUGUGAAGUUUGAUAUCGCGACUCAGCCAUUUCUUAUCUGGAUAAUGAGAAAUAACUUGUAUGAGGAAUUUAAUAACAAUUCUUUCAUUGCAAAUGAGAAUCCUAAGGUUCUUGAGACUGCAUUAGUUCCCAUUAUCAAGGAAAACAUACAUCCUUGGAUGAGAUUAGUCACAAAAUGUAAUUUCUUCGCAACUAAUGCGAAAAUUCUCGAAACUGUUUGUUUCUUUGCUUCUGUUGGUGUAGUUCAAGACAUGAUUGAUUUAGACACAACUUUCGACGUCGUGGACUUACUAAUAACGUCAGGAAAGCAGAAUUGGCAUCCUGAUGCAAAAUUCAAUAUUUUGUCACUUUUGCGAACACAAUUUUUGACACCACCUGAUUUUAUUAAUCAUUUUUCGUUCUUUGAGCAAUACUUUACCCAGAUUCCCCAGUUUGCGAUGACAUUUUUUGAGAAUCAGAUCAAAUUAAUGGGAGUUACUGACCAGAUCAUGGAAUUCGUCAAGAAACUACAUUCUAUAGGCGGAGAAUGCUCUAAUUGGUCUAAGAAACUGUAUUCCAUUCUCUCCGCAAACAGAAGAACGAAUUCUUCCUCUUCCUCCUCUUCUGCAACUCCUUCCUCGAUUAGCUCACCUAUAUUAGUACUAUAA